AGCGAAGAGCUCUGAAAAGAAACUCGUCCACGAAGACAACGCUUUGCACCUCCUGGAAGAUCUUCACCAUGAGACAGUCACUAAUGUCCGUCAUCUUCGCCACAGCACUCUUGUUCGAGUGCUAUGCACUGUCAGUGGCGUUACCCAUGGGCAAGGUCGAUGAUGGCUCCUUGGAGCAGGAUACUUUCGCCUCGCUGCUGAGCGACGAGGGGACAGAAAACGGCUUCGGCGACGCAGAUCUGGCCACCGCGGGCAAAACCAGAGGGCCGAGGGUAAUCGUCAUCGCCGAUCCGAGCCUUUGGAGGGACCUGCGGGUGCUUCACGGUGGACAGUCCGUCUACAAGCGGAGAGCUGACGACAACAGCCAGGUCAUCGAGCACAGAGACGCCGGCCAGGACCUGAGCAUCCCCAUCCUGAGGAGGGACACAAUGAGGUGCAUGGUGGGACGGGUGUACCGGCCGUGCUGGGAAGUCUAGGACAGUUUGCUCUGCUCAUCUAGGCGCCAAAACGGAGGACGACCACCACAUCCUUUCCUGCCUCACACUGAGUUGCAUUAUAAUCCAAAAAUCUAUGUAUCUAUAUUUAAAUUAUUGCAUUGAAUUAAAACCACUGAAAUCUG